UGAUUACAACGUGUUUCCGCAUCCACUACACGACGAACCAUCCGGAUUGGGAUCCGAGUGCAGCCGUGCAAUUGAAUAAGCGGGAUAGCAAACUAAUGGAAAAACCAGAACAGAAUUAAAGUGCCGUAUCUUAUCCCGCUUGUUCCCAACCCCUCCACUUCAAGGGCUGUGACGUCACGAAGAGCGACGGAAACUUGAAUCGCCUGCAUGAACGUUAAACUGGGAAGUUAAGCCACAAACCAAGAAGGAAUCGAGUGUCGAGCUGGUCAAUUGGCGUGCCUCAGCUGUUAUGGGCUAUGCGUUGAGGCUGCCAUUUGAGAUGGGCGUGCGUCUGUAGGGGGCGAAGCAUCCCCUAAGUAGAGCGAGAGAAAAAAAAAAAGGACGGAGAAUAAGAGGAAUCAACCUAUUCGAGUAACACUUCUACAUUGAACAUGGAACUGUUGCAGAAUCCCCGUGGGCCUCUAGAGAAGAGCUAUAAAUUGGAGGAGGGAGUCUCAGAAGACAAUAACAAGGAAAGGGAGUCUUUCUCAGUGGACAUGACCCCCCAUUUCAUGUGCAACAUGGAGAAAGAUAGUGUUCAAAUUAAGGAAGAGGACAGUGACUGGGAGUCAAUCCACCAUGGACAGGAGAGUCUCUGCAUUAAGGAAGAGGAUUGUGAAUGGGAGGCUGUGGAAAUUAAAGAGGAUCAUGAGCAUCAUUCCAUGUGCAUUGACACGAGAGGACAUGAAAAUGUAAACAGUGUCAAAAACGAAACUCUUAAAUCGGAGCUGGUUGCUCACCAUGGAGCGGUUACUCGGUUAGCUGCCACUCAAGAUGUGGGCCGUUCUUUUCAGAAGCAAGCAGUCCUUGUGAAAUAUGAACUCUUUGACUUAAAGAGGACUGAGAAGACAUUGUCUCAAAGUCAUUCUGGAGAAGGCUCAUCUCAGCAAUGCCCAGGCGACAAAGAGCACAGUGGUUCUAAAGCUGGCAGCAAGCACAUAUCUCAGCCACCCCUGCAGAAGACGGCGACUGCUCCAGCAAACGGUCAGAAAAAGCCUCGAUCAAUUCUAGGCAAAAGAAGACGGGAGAUCUGUGAGGUUCUGCGAGAAGUGAAGCAGAAGAACCAGGAGAUCGUGGAGAAGCUGCUGGAGCAGCGGGAGAGGCACAUCCAGCUGCUCCGUGAGGACGAGGCCAGGGCGCGGGCAGCAGAGGCAGAGGAGCGGGCAGCACAGGCGGCAGAGACAGCUGCCUUUAAUAACAACUUUAUAGCCGUCCUUGGGCAGCUUGUUGAAGUUCUGAGCAGGAGUUACCAGCAGCAGGAUGCCUAGUGUGAGUGCUCUUUGUGGUUGUGUCCAUGGAAUAAUUGUACUGUAGAGCAUGAUCAUGUAUUCAGCAUAAUAAAAUAAACUGUUAAUGGGGA